GGGUCCGAGUCCACUACAUAAUUGGUGACCCCGAAUUUUUUCUUAGUACUUCAUUUUUUUGUAAGCUCAGAACUCCCAAUUUUUUUUGCACGACUACUAUGGAAUCCAAACCUAGUAUGAGUACGGUUCCCUGUGAAAACCACAUUUCCUUUAAUUUACCUGCUUUUGGUGUAUCUAAUCCUCGUGUUUGGUUCACGCAAAUCGAGGCAUAUUUCCGUUUCCGUAGGAUUACUACACAAGAGACUAUGUUUUCCUAUGUAGCUACUCAGCUCCCUACGGAUAUUGCCACUGAGGUGAUCGACGUCCUAGACCCCAUGCCAACAGAAUUUCCGUACGAUACCCUUAAAGCCGCUGUGUUAAAACGCACAACCGCUUCUGACGAGUCUCGCUUAAAGCAACUCCUAUCUGGUGUUGAACUUGGCGACCGCUCCCCAUCACAGCUAUUGCGACACAUGAGAACUUUAGUUGGUAGCUACAAAGUUGAUGACUCAGUCCUGCGCCAACUUUGGACUAAAUGUCUACCACCUAAUACCGUCCUGAUUUUGUCCGUCCAAGGUGAUGAAAUUUCGCUUGAUAAGUUAGCUGAACUAGCCGACAAGGUGCAUGAAUGCUUUUUCAAGCAUCCCAUUAAUCAGGUCUCGCAGCCUACUAACGCGUUUGAAAGUACGUCUGUAAUGGAUAGGCUGCAGAACCAGAUAGAACAGCUAACCGCCCAAGUCUCCAUCAUCACCAAACGUCUUAACCGUCGUCGAAGUGUAUCACCUGGCCGAAACACACGUGCUCUACCCUCCAACCGUGACCAACUGAAUCGUCUCUGUUAUUUUCACAAACGAUUUGGGGAUGCUGCACGGAACUGUAGGCCGUGGUGUUCGCACCCUAAAGCCUUUCGCUUACAGAACCAACAGGGAAACUCGCUGGCCAGCCAGUAAUGGCGACAGCUGCCGCUGGCCAACACCAUAGUCGCCUUCUCCACGUGUUUGACAACUCAACCGGCUACCGUUUUCUCGUCGACACGGGCGCCGAAGUUAGCGUCAUACCCGUAGGUACACAAAAACGCCAACUUUCUCCGGGGCAUGUCACACUCCAGGCGGCCAAUGGUACGAAAAUUCAGACGUACGGUCAGAAACUGUUAACCCUAGAUCUGGGACUCCGACGUCGACUACCUUGGCUUUUCUUAAUCGCCGACGUGCAGAAGCCCAUUCUUGGCAUCGAUUUCUUGACGAAGUUUGGCAUCAUCGUUGAUCUCGGAAACAGGAAACUCCGUGAUAGCGUCACCUCACUUACUGUCUCCGGCAAAGUCCUCGCUAUCGACUCGAUUGGCAUUCGUUUGGCUCUGCCUUCCGACAAUAAGUUUACUGCUCUUCUGCGCCAGUUUCCGUCCAUUUAUCAACCGAUCAGCGACGACUUUCAGCCCAAACACGAAAUCCGCCAUCACAUCGAAACUAAAGGCAAUCCUGUCACCGCCAGACCACGACGUCUUGCUCCCGACAAACUCGCCAUUGCCAAAUCUGAAUUUCAACACAUGAUGAAUUUAGGCAUUAUUCGUCCAUCGAAUAGCCCAUGGUCAUCCCCACUUCACAUGGUUUCAAAGAAAUCCACAGGGGAUUGGCGACCAUGCGGCGACUAUCGCGCUCUAAAUAACGCCACUGUUCCAGACAAAUAUCCAAUUCCCCACGUCCAUGACUUUUCCAUGAGUCUAUACGGGAAACGCCUUUUCUCUAAAAUUGAUCUAGUCCGCGCGUAUUACCAGAUUCCGAUGGCCCCAGAAGACAUACCUAAGACCGCAAUCACGACGCCAUUCGGUCUUUACGAGUUUCUCCGUAUGCCGUUUGGUCUCCGAAACGCUGCCCAGACUUUUCAGCGAUUUAUUGACCAAGUCCUUCGUGGUCUUGAUUUUGUCUUUGCCUAUAUCGACGACAUUUUGGUAGCCAGCGCAACCGAAGAGGAACAUCUGUCUCAUUUACACCAGGUUUUCCAACGUCUAGCUCAUUUUGGUGUCACAAUCAACCCUGCUAAGUGCAUUUUUGGCAUGCCUAGCAUCGAUUUUCUUGGACAUCACAUCGACUCCACAGGUAUACGUCCACUUCCGGACAAGGUCACUGCCAUCACCGACUACCCUGUGCCUCAGUCCAUAAAGAGCCUCCGACGUUUCCUCGGUAUCAUUAACUACUACUGUCGUUUUAUCCCUAACUGUUCCGAUGUCCUAAAACCGCUCACCGAUUUACUGCAGCGUAACCCGAGAAAGCUAAUUCUGUCACCCGACGCUCUAGCUGCUUUCGAAAAAGCCAAACAAACGCUAGCAACCGCGACUUCGCUGAGCCAUCUGAACACAGACGCCAGCACCAGGUUAGUACUUAAAACCGACGCGUCGCAAUCAGCCGUCGGAGCCGUUUUACAACAGGUCAUAGACAACGAAGUCCAGCCUCUGUCCUUCUUCUCACGGAAGCUCCAGCCGGCUCAAACCAGGUACAGCACGUUCGGCCGUGAACUUCUUGCUGUUUACCUCGCCAUUAAGCACUUCCGCCACAUCCUCGAAGGACGCCACUUCAUCGUUCUAACUGACCAUAAGCCACUUGUCUACGCAUUUAACUCGCCAGCUGAUCGCUAUUCUCCUCGGGAGACAAGGCAUCUUGAUUAUAUCUCGCAGUUUACCUCUGCCAUCCACUACAUCGAGGGGCCAGGCAACAUUGUCGCUGACGCGUUAUCCCGCACCGACAUUCACCAACUGUCGACAUCGUCCAUCCACUUAGAGGACAUUGCUGCUGCACAAAUCACUGACUCUGAUUUCGAAUCUGUUCGCAAUAACAAAGCACUGAAGUUCGUCCAGUUACCCUUGCUUCACUGUGAUUCGAAAAUACAUUGUGACAUUUCCACCGGUAAGCCACGUCCAUACGUCCCAUUGUCGUACCGGCGGAAAAUUUUCGAUCAUCUUCAUGGCCUUUCCCAUCCGAGCAUCCGUUCUACCGUUAAGCUCAUCACGGAUCGCUAUAUUUGGCCAAACAUGAAUACUGACAUCAGGCAAUGGGCAAAAUCCUGUAUUCAAUGCCAAAAGAGUAAAGUUCAUCGUCAUACCAUUACCACUCCAGGAACUUUCUCACUUCCAGACGCGCGUUUUAAACACGUUCACCUGGAUAUAGUUGGACCAUUGCCUCCUUCAAACGGUUUUACGCACUUAUUAACUUGUGUUGAUCGUUUCACAAGAUGGCCGCAUGCAGUCCCAUUGCGUGAUACCUCUGCCGAAACUGUCGCUCACACUUUCGUUGAAUCGUGGGCAUCUGUCUUUGGUGUACCUGCGACCAUUACCACCGAUAGAGGACCACAGUUCACGUCCACCUUGUUUCGUGACUUAAACCGCCUCAUGGGAUGCAACCACUUACGCACUACCGCGUAUCACCCUGCAUCUAAUGGUUUGGUGGAACGUUUCCAUAGACAGUUGAAGGCAGCUUUAACAGCCAGCGCUACAUCCUGGUACGAAGCCUUACCUAUCAUACUGCUCAGUAUACGCAACACAAGCAAGGAAGACAUCGGCUGCUCUCCUGCCGAGCUUACCUUCGGUACAACGCUUCGACUUCCUGGUGAGAUGAUCGUCGAUUCCAGAAUCACCGGUGAAUCUGAUCCCACUUCAUAUGUCGCCCGGCUUAAACAUCAUAUGAGUCAGCUCCAGCCAACGCCGACGAGAAGGACAUCACGCAUACCUCAAGUUCAUAAGGAUUUACAUUCAUGCCCCUUCGUAUUCGUUCGCGUUGAUGCUGUUCGCAAGCCCCUGCAACCGCCUUAUGAAGGGCCAUUCAAAGUGAUUUCGCGACAUGACAAGUAUUACGUUGUCGAUCGUAACGGCACGCCUGAUUCUGUCAGUCUCGAUCGUUUGAAAGUUGCCUACCUGGAUGAUUGUUCCAGCUCCACUCCGGUUUUCUCACACUCAUCCUCCUCUGCUACUGAUCCUCGUACCGAAUGUACUCGUAUGCAUCCAACGACAACUACGCCUACAGACUCUACCUGUUUACCACAACCCCCUACAACACAUACUCGUUCUGGUAGGACUAACAAAACUCCUGUGCGUUUCCGCGACUACACACAAUAAUACUAUCGAGCGUUUUCUCUCUUUCCAACGCUCUAGGGGGGGAGUUCUGUAGCGCUUGUAAAUUUACUUAUCUUUCAUUGUACAUUCCUUUCCUAUUACAACCCAUUCUUGUACAUUAACCUUGUACACUUGUUUUGAUUGAUAAAUAACACACUUUUUGAACCACGCGGGCAACUCGACGUGUUCUCUCUGUGUCCUAGUGUCGCGGAUUUUAUGGCAUUGUCGAUCACUACGUUCUAACUUCGAGCAAUAUUCAUUCACAGAUCUCGUUCCGCCUCAACUGGUUUCACCAUCGUCGUUUGUCAUCCAUCGGAGUUGCUGACGCAAGAGGACUAGGAAGUUUUAUGUGGUUGGACUUCUAACCCACGUCGGAACCCUUCUGUGAGUCUUGUCAUUUUUGAUCAUCAUUUAUUCAUCUUUAUUUCUCUUUGGGUCCGAGUCCACUACAGGUUCCUAUG